AUGACGAUAACAAUUACUUUGGACCAUCCACUGACUCAAACGUACAUGGUACAUUCGGCUUUACUGGUGGUGAAACUAUUGGCCCUAAGUCCCAUGGCUGCAAUGACUUGGGUGAGGAAAGGCAUAUUCCCGAACCCCGACAUCGUCCGUCGCGCUUAUCUAUCGGAGCUCAAGAACUUAGCUCCGUUCUGGUUGGUCGGAGCCCUAUACGUGACUACAAGACCUCCCCCAGACGUCGGCAUCAGUCUAUUCAGAAUGUUCACAUCAGCAAGAAUGAUAGUCAUACUAGGGUACGCUACAAGACCAGUACCUCCCGUUUUUACGGACUUUGCACUCAUUCUAUCGUAUCUGAUUACUUGUUAUAUGUCUAUGUAUGUUGUGUACUACUACAGAGAUGCAAUUUGA